GCUCUGAGAAUUAUUUUAAAGCGAGGCGUCAUCAUCAUGUCCUUUGAAGUCGGUGUAACGAAACCGCUUCUGUUGGCGACAGGAAAGAUGCCAGCUGCUCAAGACAUACAAGUCAUUCCUGACGAAAACUUUGACUCUAGAGAAAAAUCUAAGAGCUUAGAGUUAACAGCAGGCUUCGAUAAGGAACUGCAAGUGUCUGAACCACUGUCAAAUAAGGAAAGACGCUCAGCUAUUCUGAACAUUGUCUUUGCAGGCAUUGCUCUUACUUCAGAUGGUUAUUGUGAAUCAGUCGUGAACCUUAUCAACGUGUUCUUCUCUGCUUUGUAUCCUAUACAAUUCACCUCGGCAAUGAGUACCAGGAUAAGUAACGCACUUUUGGUUGGAGCUAUCAUAGGACAACUCGGUUUUGGUUUGAUAAGUGAUAGAAUUGGAAGAAAAGUUGGUCUUCUAUGUACUACUGCCUUCGUUAUUGUGGGUUCUCUGUUGUGUAGUGCUGCCUAUGGAGCAGGAGGCUCAGUUGAAGGACUGUUGUGGGCUUUAGUAGUUUAUCGUGGCAUCGUUGGUGUAGGUGUUGGUGGUGAAUAUCCUUGCUCUUCUGCCAAUGCUAGUGAAGCUACGGAAGAAACUAUUCCACGUUCAAGAGGUGGUGUCUUUAUCAUGGUCACUAAUUUCGCACUAGUCAUUGGAGGUGUGCUUUCAAUAAUCGUCCAGGUUGUUCUCUUGAAAAUAUUCGGGACAAAUGACUUGGAACCCGUAUGGAGAAUCUCUUUUGGUUUGGCAAUAGUCCCCAUUUUGAGUGUAUUCUAUUUCCGUAUUCGAAUGCUGAAUUCUAAACUGUAUCGAAAGGAAGCAAUGAAGAAGAAAGUUCCUUAUAUUCUCAUUCUUCGUAAAUACUGGAAGUAUUUAAUUGGUACCUGUGGAACUUGGUUUCUUUAUGACUUCGUGGCUUUUAGUAAUGGUGUCUUUUCCUCCACCAUUUUGGAGAACGUUAUUUCAGGCACCGAUAUCAUGAAGACAGCCUAUUUUCAAUUGAUACUAAGUGCUCUUGGUAUUCCUGGUUUAGUCAUUGGAGCACUUACUAUUGAUAAAAUAGGUCGCAAAAAGCAACAGUUUAUUGGCUUCUUGGGAUAUGGCGUUAUGGGAAUUUUGAUCGGUGCCUUAUUUGGAAAGUUGAGGAAGUAUACUGCAGCACUUAUUAUAUUAUAUGGGGUAUUCAAUAGCUUUGGAAACUUUGGUCCUGGAGAUGCAUUAGGUUUGGUUAGUUCGGAAAUCUAUCCUACUGCUGUGAGAGGCACGUGUUAUGGUAUUUCAGCGGCGUUUGGUAAGGCAGGAGGAGCCAUCGGAACGCAAGUAUUUUUGCCUAUCCGUAAUGCUUUUGGAGGAGCUUCCAGUACUAAUGGAAAUCGUGCGGUAUUUAUUGUCUGUGGAGGAGUUUCACUCUUAGGUGCUCUCUUAUCUCUUAUAUUUAUACCGGACUACUCCAAACGUUAUUUGAAAGCGGGUGAUGAGGAAUUUCACGAAUAUUUGAAAGAUAAUAACAUUCAUGCUCUUCAAGGGGAAUCUCUAGAAGCAUCUGCAUCUUCGAAUAUGCUUCACAGAACUUAAAAGGACACGUAAUCGAAGCCAAUGUGCAUACGUUACACAAUAUCAAUGGGAACCAAUAUUUCUUGUCUCUGUUCUGUCACUGUAUUUCCAAUCCAUAAUUGCAAUAAACGCUGCAAACAUGAUAUAUCCUGUAACAAGGCCAAUCA